AAACAAUCCCCGGGGUAACCCGAGCGUCGCGUCACCAUGGCGACCAAACAACAGGGUCCGCAUCCGCCUGACUCGAGUUUCGCGCGAGUCUAGCUACACACACCGGUGAUCAUGUAUUAAUGGCAACUUUUCACCAGAUUGACACAUUUCACUAACUUUCUGUGACAAGAACCUGCCACAGAAGGACCCGGUUUUGCCACUUUUGUAGCGAAGUUGGGACAGGAAAGUUUCCGGAACUGUGUCGGUACCGGCCUGAACUCGGGUGAGGUCGCCAGCUGAAAUACUAGCCCCAGACCAUGUCGGCUGCAAAGGUAGUCCAGCCGUCCCCGGAUUUCCGCGGUCUGCGCCCGCUGUCCCGCGGGAUGACCUUCUCCCCACGACCGCUCAACGCUUCCAUCUCCAGGCUGAGCUCGCGAGCGUCGCUACCACGACAGACGGCCACCAUGGAACCCGCGAGGCUCUCCGUAUCAUCAACGCCCCUGUCUCUGUCCCAGAGCAGCAUCAUGCUGAAGCCAGGCCUGAGUGUGGUGGAGAUCGAGAGCCUACUCAGAGAGAGGGUCAGGUCAAAGUUCAACGACCUCAAACUGGUAUGUAGGAGUUUCAGUCAUGCAAAGUUACUGCGUUUCAGACAUAUGUGCGUCGACCAAUCGAUGAGCAUCACCAAGGGCGAGCUCCGUCGCGUGCUCGAGACGUUCUGCUUCCCCCUGACGACGGACCAGUUUGACGCCAUCCUGGCUAAGUGUCAGCUAAACCCCAAUGGGACCCUCCGCUACACCGACUUCCUGGAGAAGUUCUACGGGAAGGAGCAUGCUGGGAAGGACGCGGCGAAGUGGUUGAGCGGGAUCCACAAGUACAACCAGACAAGGUCACCCAUGGAGGUCAGCGUGGACAAGCUGGAGAGGGAGCUCAAGGACAAGAUUGGAUCUAACCUGAAGAACUUUGUGAAGGCCUGUCGCCUGUUUGACUACAACCGAGAUGGGAAGAUCCAGAGACACGAGCUGAGGAAGGUUCUGGAGAACUACUGCUUCAGGAUGACGGACCAGCAGUUUGAUAAGCUGUGGCACAGAUAUGACUUCCAGCACACAGGAGUUGUGGAGUAUACAGAGUUCCUACGCAGGCUUGGUGUGUACGUACACAAGCACAACGCAGUCGCUCCCGACUCUACCAUGCUGGCCCUGAACUGGCAGCAGGUGGAGGAGGAGAGGAAGAAGCAGGUUGCUAAGCAGGCACUGCAGCACAAAUCUGACAAGGUCGUGGAGGGGAUGACCUUCGAACAGAUCGAGAAAGAACUCCGCAAGAAGAUGAAGAGUAACUACAGCAAUGUGAAGAAAGCUUUCCUAGCCUUUGAUGCGACAAACAGCGGCUACAUCAGCAUAGACGACCUGAAGUCUGUCCUGGUGCAUUUCACCAUCCCUAUGUCUGACCAACUGUUUUCUCAGUUGAUGGACAGGUUGCGCAUCAAGGCAUCAGGAAAGGUUGCCUGGGAACAUUUCCUGGAGAAGUUCCAGGAUCCGCAGGCUGACGGCAACGGGCAGACCAUCCCCAUCAAACCUGAGGCCAACAGGAAAGUGAACCCCAUCCGUGAAGCUGAGGGCGUCCCCCACAUAUCUGAGGUCAUAGAGAAACUGAGGAAACACAUCCUGGACGGCUACUCCACCAUCAAACAGGCCUUCCUGGUCUUCGAUGAUGAUCGAGACGGGAAGGUUUCCCGUAAGGAGCUGCGUAAGAUCAUCGAGAGUUUCACUUUCCGCAUGACAGACGAGCAGUUUAAGGAACUGAUGAUCAUCUUAGACCCUCUGCACGAAGGAUUCAUCAGCUACAAGAAGUUCCUGGACCUCUUUGAGCCGCAGGAGAAAGUGGAGGCGCACAAGUGGCUGUUCUCCACGCACAAGUACAACGCGCAGCAGCCGCCCGCCAUCUUGGCGUGGGACACCGUUGAGGACAUCCUUCGCGAGAAACUCACUGAGAACUGGAAUGCGAUGCUGGGGAUGUACCAGUCGUUUGACCCGGACGCCACGGGAACGAUCACGCGGAGGGAGCUGCGGAGGAUACUCGAUACCUUCGGCCUGCCCGUGUCUGACGAACACUUCGAGAAGAUGUGGCACGGUUGUCAAGAGAACGUUCACGGGAAUAUCGCGUUCGGAGAGUUCCUGGCCAAGCUGGGCGUCGAUGCGAAGCCCGGGGACCUGCAGGGUUUGAGUACCCAGGUGCACGAAGAGAGUUACGCACGGGAGGAACGCAGGAGGAGCGAUCAGAACCUCAGAAUCAAUGAAACUCGUUACAGAAUUAACGACAUAGAGAAGAACGCGGCAAGGAGAACGUCUAAGAUGACGGCAGACGAGGUGAUUCUGAAGCUGCAGGACCAGAUGUCUCAGAAGGACGUCCAGAUCCGCAAGACGUUCCUCCGCUACAACAAGACUGGCAAGGGAAGGGUCUCCAAGAAAGACUUCAAACAUAUCCUGGAGGAUAACGGCAUGUUCAUGGACACCAGCCAGUUCAACAGCCUCUGCAACAGACUCGGCUUCUUCAACGGGUUCCUACAGUACACAGACUUCAUCGCUGCUUUCGAGGACAGAAGACAUGGCGGUCCGGCGUCCGACAUAAUGCGUUCUGGUAACCACCGCGUGAACAGCACCAACGUGCGGUACAUGUCUGCUGAGGAGGUGGAGGAACAGCUCAGGACUAAACUUAGGGAGGGAUUCAACGACCUCCAAGAAACCUUCCUUAAGAUGGACGAGACAAAGUCCCAGAGCAUCACUCGGAACGACUUCCGCAAACUGCUGGACUCCUUCAUGUUCAUCAUGACUGAUGAGGAGUUCAACAGGUUGAUGGCCCGUCUCCAGAUCGGUAAGAAGUCCAAGAUGACGUUCCAAGACUUCCUGGCCAAGUUCCAGGAGACGGAAGGACCGGAGAGCCACCCCUGGCUAAACUCUACUCACACGUGGAACCGACCAAACGACCCAGCAGAGAUGGCGUGUGAUCAGGUACACGAGAUCCUCAAAGCCAAGGCUGAGAACGCCUGGACUGACAUUGCCAAGGCCUUUAAGCAGUUUGACCGAGACGGAAACGGCAUCAUCACCAAGAAAGAGCUGCGGAACGUGCUGUUCAGGUUCACCCUGCCGCUCAAGAGCUCAGAGUUCAACAAACUCUGGGCAAGAUACGAUGUAGACCAGAAGGGUUACCUGACUCACGGAGAGUUCGUAGAGGUUCUUGGGUUGACCUUUGCCCCCAGCGACAUGCACGGCACGAGUCGGCGCAUCGUGGACGACAGCCAGGCCUUCCUGGACCAGCAUCACCAGGGGCAGCAGGCGCGGCACCAGCAGAUCGCAGCCAAUCAGAUGAAGGCGGCGGGUCACAUGACUGCAGCGGAGGUGGAACAACAGCUCAACUAUGACUGUCAAAGUUUGACAAAACUGCACAAAAUCUCUUCCAAGCCGAAGCAAUUUUUAACCUUUGACCAACCCAGCAUGCACUACAGGGUCAAUGCGCGGAAGGCUCUUGAGACGUACUACUUUCGUGAGGAGACCCCCGACGAAUACGCUCGCGAGGCCCUUUUCGCAGGCGGAGUGAUUCCGGACGUGGUGAAGAAAAAAGUGUUUGCGACGCGCGAAGACUUUCCCCGCAAACCAAACAACGACACGAAGACCAGAGAUGCGUUGAUGGGGAAUGGCGUGAUCCCGGACCGCUCGCCGUAUGCAAGUUACGCAACGAGUGAUGGCGGGAUCCUGCCCAGUCAACGCUCCAACGACAGACAUGUUCACUUCAAGUUUUCAAACGGGGACUGUCCUAGCUAUGAGGAAAAGUACAACAAUGCUCUGUCACAAGCUCCGUCCUUUGCAAAGAAACCAUCAGAUGAGAAAAGAGCUUUUUGGAAGGCAGGACAUGCAAGAACGGAGGGAAGGAAUGACGAGAGAAGGGAGAGGAAAGUGACAUUUGCCGACAAAGUCUCCGAGAAGAAGAAAGUGAAACAGAUUCUCCUAGGCAACGGAGUCAUUCCAGAUGCCGAAAGUGAAAGUGCUGGACAUGUGAGUGAAAGUUACAUCAUGCCAAGACACGACAGAAGGAUGGCUUUCCAAGAAGACCGCUCUAACCGCAAACAAAGAUUCCUUGACGCCGGGCUGAUUUUCGACGGCAACCCAAAUUCACCAGAUCAUCUCUCAAAGGCGUCACACAAUAAUGCACGUCUUCCGAUGAACAUCUUAAAUAAACACAACUCCUCUCAUCCUUACAGAGACGACCAAUCUGACAGACAAACUUAUCGACCCGACAUGGACAGAACGACUCACUCCUUAAAUCUUAAGAACAACUUCCCAAACUCUUACGACAAAGCAAAACCAACUGAACAAGCUGAAGACGACUUGAACAAGCAUAUCCGGUUACGUCUUCUAGCAAACGGUAUCAUUCCCGAGACCUACAUGUACAAGAAUAAUAAGACCAAGAACUCCUUAAACGAACAGCCGUAUUCCAAGAAGGUGUUCUUGGAGCGCGGCCUUAUCCCCGACCCUGACAUGAGACGUCUUAAGACGACAGACGUGACGGAAGGACGGUCCUUAGAGUCUCGACAGUUUCUUGAGAAGUUUGCUGAGAUGCCGAGCACCCCUGACUACUACAGGGAUAAGUUCCGUGAGUAUUACCAGGACUUUGACAAGGCGUUCCGUAAGGUGGACUAUAACAAAGACGGAACGGUCGACAUACGGGAGCUGCAGAGGGUCCUCAUCGAACACAACUUCUUCCUGGAGGAGGAGCAGUUCUUCGAACUACUGGACAGACUCGGUUUGUCUCCUGAGAAGGGCAAGCUGUCUUACCCAGACUUCUUGAAGGCCAUUGACGACGGAAGAGCCUCCAAAUAUGGGCGGCGGCGUUCCCCAGUCAACAUCGAGGAGUACGAUGGACUCCCCGCGGAAAAGUCACUGGAGAAACUCCGUGAGAAAGUUGCAUCGAACUUCAUCGUGGUCGAGAAGGUACAAGAGGCUGUGAGCGCUCGCUUCUACGCCUUCGCUCGCUCCUUUGCGGAGGUCGACUAUGCCAAGAUUGGGGUCGUCGCUAAGGAAGACUUCCGAGACAUCCUGAACAAGAACGCGAUAAGACUGUCGGAUGACCAGUUUGACCAGUUAUGGGAGUCCAUGCCAGUUAACGAGUUCGGAAACGUCGUGUACCGAGAGUUUCUGAAGCAGUUUUCCGUGGAGAGAACGCGACUCCCAGAGGCAGGGCCCUCCCCUCCACCGACCGCCCUGUCAGAGACCCCCUCUGCCAUGGUGUUCGCUCGCAGGCCUGCCACGGCGUCCACCCCCAAGUCGGGCAGAAUGAGUGUGAUGAGCGACCGACCUUCGACCCGGAUGUCACGACCCUUCACCCCGCUGGUGAACGCGCAGGGGGCGGAGCUGCGCAUGAAGGACCGUGUGUUCCGCCACUGGAAGGACAUCCACCAUUCCAUUGUGGAAAGCUUCAACAUCUACCUGGCAGCAGACGACCUUGACCAGUUGAGGAUUAAGUACGACAUGCGGAACAACGGGAAGUUCUCGUACAAGGCGUUCCUGCGACACUUCCUCCUGCGUCUGAAGCCGCAGCAGGAGGGCAUCCUGCAGAGGAAGAAGUUGCAGACGCCGCGCUUUAGCGUGCAGCAGGGUGCUGAGAGCAGUCUCCUGUACGACGCCAUGUUACGCAUGAGAGACGUCAUCAUGGCGGAGUGGCAGCGAAUGCGCCGCACGUUCCGCGCCAUCGACGCGAAAGGCGAGGGGUUCGUCUCGCCCGUCGACUUCCGACAGGUCCUCAAGGAGUACGGAAUCAACCUCUCCGAGGAGGAAUUCUUCCACUUGAUGACUUUCUAUGACAAAGGAAUGGUGGGGAAGAUCUCGUAUAACGACUUUCUAAGAGCGUACCUGUCACAAUAGGCAUCGUACAACCAUGGGUAGGGCUAGUUCACCUUUAUCCACGGGGUAGCCUAUAUCCGUUGUAUUUAUAAAUAGCAUAUUCAGGGAGCUGUCAUUUUCUCGAAUAACGUCUCUGAGCUGUCAUUUCCCCAAGCUACGAAUGAAGCAUAUUCAGGGAUAUCUGACAGAGAGUGGUUUCAAACUGCAGUAUUAUGAAAAUAUUGCAGUUUGAUACCAUCAUCCAUGGAUUUGAUACCUCUACUAGUAAAUACCCUGUUUUUAAAUACAACGCAUAAAGGUUAUAAGGUAGAAUAUGAGGUAGAUAAGAUGAGUUUGUUGUGAUAUUUGUGUUUGUGAUGUUUUUGUGUGACGUUGAUGAAACUUUAACAGCAACUAUGGAGAGAUUUAAGGAACAAAAACUGAGUUAUUUUGACAACUUGGAAGCCAUAAUACUUAUUGAUAAGUACCAGUGAUAUUUCAACUUUUCACAACUGUUAAAACAUAAGACUUACUUAGUGUACAGUCUGAGAAAAGACAAUUGUACCAAAGAAUGUGAAAAUUGUGUUUUCAAACUUAUCUUGUAACUGUAAGUGUAAGGAGUCAGAAGGAAUGUACUGAAAAGAGAGGGAACGGGGACUAUUGUUUCUUACAUUUAACGACCUUUGCGAUACAUUAUUGAGGCUGAAGCUUCCAUAUAGAAUUACCUGAAAACAAUUUAUCUUUUUAGCUAUAAUAUACAUGUAACAGUGGUGUUCAAGUACGGCCUAUCGUCCUUGCCCAAGGGCUCUAGUGCUUUUGUGGCGACA